CAUCAUGUGGGGCGACGGGCUGGGGCAGUACGGCAACAAGUACGACUUUUGGUUCGCGACGCGGAUCCUGCUGCGGUCGAUGGGGUCGCGGCCCGAGGCCAACUCGUACGGCUACUGCACCACGGUCUGGCUGGCGGCCCUCUGCGAGGUACAGAGCGUGAUCAUCCCGGCGCAGCUCGCCUUCACCGUGACGGGCAUCUACGCUGUCUACUUCGAGUCCAGCCUGCACGAGCUGCCCAACCUGUAUCUUAUGUACCAAGUCAUCCUGAACAUGUGAUCUCCCCAUAUCUCCCCACAUCUCCCCACAUCUCCCUGUGCGCCAGUCGCCCCCGCCCCGCCCUUCACCUGCUUGCUUCUCACCUCUCUCGCUCUGGGUAGCAACGUGCCACCUCUCUUGCUUUCAUCACGGCUCCCGCCUCUCGCCGCAUGGUUGGAAUGCAGGGACCAGUUUGCACUCGCGCUCUGCACGUGGUGCCUCUGCUACACCACCGAGCAGGAGGGGCUGCAGGUGAAGCUCGUCCUUGGCUCGCGCGUGCCCGUCGAGGUGCGGAGCCAGAGGUGGGUGUACAUGUGGACGCUGCUGAUCGUCAACGUCAUCAUGAUCGUUGUCGGCCGCUGGCGCCUCUCGAUGCUGCUGCUGUGGCUUCUGCCGCUCACCGUCGUCGUCUACGCCGUGGCCUAUCACGGCAUCCCGCCCCUCCUGCUCAGCCCGGCCGUUGCCUGCCCACCGCGCACGGGCCCGGCGAUGACGAUGGUCGGCCUCGCCGUCACCCUCGCCUACCUCGCCUACACCGCCCUCGUGCGCGGCUGCUUUCUCUUCCCGUGCCUCUGCGCGCCCACCGUGCCCGGCUGGCUCUUUCUUCCGACGGCGGAUCCGCCCGACUUUGAUUGGGGCGACGUCGGUAACUUCGACUGGGACCUCGGGUGGCUGGUGGUGCGGAAGCUGCUCGGGUACGAGCCGCUCUUCCCGGAGGACUGCCAGUGGGAGCCUCCGCCUUGCGAUCCGCACCCGUGCCGGCCGCUGCCAGCGACCGCGAGCAGAAGAUGGCGCGGGUCUCGCUUCAACUAUUUUGUACCUGGUGAUUGAGGUGCGCAGCAGAAGACGAAUCUCUGGAAUGAGCGAAGAGCAGAUCUUUCUAGCAACGAAAUCGAAAAGAAACGCCCGGUCUGACGGCUUUAUACGUGGCUUUACGACGCGGGCGCACGUUCUCCCUCUCGCCUCCAAUCCUCCAAUAAAUAAAUAACUAAAAACGGAC